CCUCCACUGCAGAGCCCCACAGCUCUCCUGGGCGCAGCAUGCACCAGGCUGAAAGUGUUGCUGCCUUGAAAGCUCUUCACUGGUUUUUACAUGCCAAAUCCACAUGCUGCCUUGCUGCGGACCAUGGCAUCUACUCUGGAGAAGUUCAUUCAUUCUGUGGACCCCAGAACUCUUCCCAGAGUCCUCCAAAUCCAGUCAGGCAUCUAUUUCCAAGGCUCCGUCUAUGAAAUGUUUGGACAUGAAUGCUGCCUGUCAACAGGAGAAGUCAUUAAAGUUAUUGGCUUCAAAAUUAAUAAGCUUAUAGCAAGUAUCUGUGAGAAUAAUGAAGUCAGCCAGUUUUCAGCCAAAGUGGAAUUACCACUGAAUUUUCCUGGUCUUUAUAAAGUUAUGGCAGAUAAAACACCAUAUGUCAGCGUUGAAGAAAUUACAAGAAAAGUCUCUAUUGGGCCGACAAGAUUUGGCCAUCCAUGUUUCUACAGCCCUGAGGACAUAAAGUUGGCAAACCUCACUAUCAAACAUGGUGAGCACAUCACCUUCAACUCAGUGGAAGAGGUCAAUGGAACAAUGGCUGUGAACUGUGUUGUAGUCAGAAAUAACCAGUCUCAUUCCUUUACUUUGCCCCUUUCACAAGAAGGAAAAUUCUAUGAGUGUGAAGAUGACCAAAUAUACACCUUAAAAGAGAUCGCAGAAUGGAAAAUCCCUAAGUGCAGAAACAGGAUUGUCAAACUUUCCAGUACUAUACAUAUGUGGGACUUCUCUAAUCCACUUCCUGAGAAUUUUGAUGGCUGCUUGAUUCUCACACCUGUCUAUGAAGUGCAGGCAGUAAUGAAAUUUCGAAAGGACAUAGUUCAUAUCCUCUCAGAUCUAGAUGUCGAGGUCAAGGAUAUAACAGACUGUUAUGAUACUAGCUCUUUCCUUCAGCCACUGUCUUUGGAAGAUGUAUUUGAGAGAACAAGCAAGGAAUUUCCUAUGGUUGCUGAGAUAAUGGAAGGGCCUUCAGAAAGUCAAAAACCUCUUAAAUUUCUGGAUACAGGGAAUGAGAUCAUUAUCUACAAAAAGUACCAGACAACAAGAGUCCUAGCCUCAGAGAUCAGAAGUGAUUCCCCCAAAAGAUAUUUUUUAAUCCCUAUGAGCUACAAAGGAAGGUUCAAAAGAAGACCUCGGGAGUUUCCUACUGCCUAUGACUUAGAGAUAGCAAGAAGCGAAAAGGAACAACUUCAUGUCGUAGCAACUAAAGCCUUUGAUUCCCCUCAUAAAGAGCUUUUCUCUGUUUCAGUUGGAGAUCAGUUUCUAGUUCAGCAACGCCAGACUAGUGAAGUUCUGUAUGAGGGAAGAAAGAAACUUAUAGAUGUUUUAGCUUGUGAACAAAUACUAGGGGAUACAUAUAAGAAAGUUCUUCUCCCUAUGUACAUGGAAGGUAGAUUUGUGGAAGUGAUUCAUGACAAGAAACAGUACCAGCUUUCUGAGAUUUGCAGAGAAUUUCGUUUGCCUUUUAACGUCAAAGUGUCUGUGAGAGACCUUUCCAUUGAAGAAGAUGUCGUGGCUGCCAUGCCUGGUCUGCAGUUUGAAGAAGAAAUCACAGACUCUUAUUUGCUGAUCAGUAGUGCCAGAAGUCCAGUGGAGAGCUGGGAGAUUCCUGUAUGUCGUUUAAACAUGUCCGUCCAUUUGCUCAGCAAAGAUGUCCAGACAGUUGUGCCUCCUGUGACUAAGACAAAAGUGGAAGAGAUCAGUGAAGAGCAAUACUAUAUGGUGCGAAGAUAUGAAAACCAAACCCUUCGUUCACCACCGAGGCCUCCUAAAAAGCCAACGCUUUCACCAAAACCUGGUUUUGCAGUACCUAAGCAAGGUGUGACUGAUGUACUACAAGCUCCAAAGAAUUUCUGUGUUGACACCACCAAGAAAUUGUGCUUGAAUCAAGCUGCUGAUGUUUCAGGAUUACAAGUUAGUUGUCAAAAUGAUUUGGUGCAUCAUGACAAUAAGAAGGACAUUACUGGAAAUGCUACAUCAGUGGAAACCAGUGUGAUUAAAGGUCUAACAAAACAGGCACUUGGCAAUUGUGAGGCAGAAGAGGAUGAGGAAGAACAGCACAGCUACAAUUAUGUUGAUGAAAACAUAAUUGAAAACAUAAGUAAAGUAUUUCAAGACUCCACCAUUAGAAAUAAGCAUGCAGUCUCUGAAGGCAGAAGAGACAUCUGAAGUAAAAUAAUUCUGAAAUUAACUGGAAACAAAUAGGAAGCUGUGUCCUUCACACAUUAAGAUCGUCCUCAACUGUAAGAAAAAGCUGCUCAUGAAAGUGUCCUUCUUGUCUCAUGAAGAGCAUACAAGGCUGUAAUUUAACUAUAAUAUCCCCUGAGAAACUAAACUGCCUACUUGUCCUAAAUAAGAAGUCAAACCAGAUAAUGUCUUGUGACCUUUUGAAGGGACAAAGUUCCUCUGUACAUAUUUAUUCAUGAAUUCAGAUAAUGAUGCCAAGUCCAAUCUUUCGUUCUUAUUGUACCUGAAAUUCCAGUGGAUUUUCUGAACAACCGCAGGGCAUAUGCAAAAUGAACACCCCUUACUGAAACAGCUACUUGCUUGUUUCCUUUGUUUUUUGGAGAAGGGAACAGUAGAAAGGGGAAUGAAGGUUGUCUAAGGUGAAUGUCUAUUUCUUUGGCAAGUCUCAUAUGCUUCAGUUUAAGGCUCAGAAUUGGAAACAGACAAAUUCUGCCACUCUUUCAGAUAAUGAGCAAUGCUUUACUGCACAGGUAGUACUGUUACCCAACAAGUAAUUCACUCUGUAAAGCAAAGCCACUCCUACCGGGGGGAAGUGUUUUACUCAGAAGGGCUACAAAUGCCAUCUCCAUAAACCCUUGCACAGCUUAAAUUAUCUAGAAUCACACUAGAUCCGUUUGUUUUGCUGGUAUGUACAGUAAUUUGCUGAAAAUGCAGCUAGGAAGGAAGGACAGAAUCUGGAGCUGAAAGAGUAGUAUUUGUGCUAAUAUUAGAGCUGCUGUAUUCCUAUCUGGGGUCACUAUGUGCAGCCUCAUGAGCUGCACAGGUAGAGUAUGCUCAACAUCUUUGUAUGGCACACGACUUAGGCCUCAUAUUCUGGCAGAGCCAGUCUGAUACCCAUCAUUUGCAGCAUAUAAAAACAAGAUCUGGGCAGCACAUGCAUAGUGAGUGCUGUGUUUCUAGAAUUGUUAGAUCUAGGGCAAGUACAUAUCCCUCUGGCAAUACUUUGACUCAGAGGAAACUAUUGAGAACAGAUGUGUAAAUACACAGCUGAUGUGCCAAAAGUUUCCAGACUCAACAGCAGCUUGAUCAGACUAGCAUACCCAGAAACCUCAGACAGAGGAGGGAAAGUAUUUAGAAAGCCUAGACACACCACAUUUUUAGUCCUACUGAGGAGUUAAAAAGCAAAUGCUCACAAAAAUGCCUUAAAAUACUUUAAAGUCAUUUCAAGCAGACAGUACAGUAUCUUCAGAUUUGCCUAUUAAAAUUCUACUGAAUAAUUUUCACUAAUUAAUUUAGAAUUUCUCAAUAUUGUCUCAAAUUAAUUUAUUCAAGAUAAAUGUUCAUCCUCAUUAAAAUCAGUUACAAGUUAAGUAUUAUAAAUAUCACACGGAGUGCUUUGAUUCCAUGCAUAUGUAGCAUACAGUGUUUUGCAUAUCAGUAGUUAAUAUGGAGGCUUGCAGGUGUGUACAAAACUUGUAGCUGACACAUCACUUGUGGCUAUUUGAAAUGCAUUUGAGCUUUUUUCACUAAAAUCUGUAUUUCUCUUUAUAGCAGCUGAAAACAGCCCUGUUUGUUAAGCCAGCAAAUGCAGUCUGGUAUUUGAAUAAAACAAAUUUGUUGUAUAUUUUACUGA